UGUUGCUAUGGCGACAAAGAAGAACUCAACUUAAUAGUGAAGACUAGCUGUAAGACUUUGGCAAACUUCUGCUUGUUGUAGAUCUGAUUCUGGACCAGCUUUCACCAGCUUUUUUUUUAACAUGGUCAACAAACUUCUCCCGGCCCAGGAGGCCGCCAAAAUUUACCACACCAAUUACGUCCGGAAUGCUCGGGCCAUUGGCGUGCUCUGGACAAUAUUCACCAUUUGCUUUGCCAUCAUCUCCAUGGUGGUCUUCAUCCAGCCGUACUGGAUCGGGGACAGUGUGGACACUCCUCAGUCGGGCUACUUCGGCCUCUUUCACUACUGCAUCGGCAACCCCAUCACCGGAGAACUGGUGUGCAAAGGAAGCGCCCUGGACUUCGGGUCAAUUCCCUCCGGAGCGUUCAAGACCGCCAUGUUUUUCGUGGGCAUCUCCUUCCUUCUGAUUGUAGGCACCAUCGGCUGCUUCGGUCUGUUCUUCUUCUGCAACGCCGGCAGCGUCUACAAGAUCUGUGCCUGGAUGCAGCUGGCAGCGGCAACCUGCAUGGUGAUAGGCUGUAUGAUCUAUCCGGAUGGAUGGGACUCUGAAGAAGUGAAGCGAAUGUGUGGCCAGCGCACAGAUAAAUACACACUGGGCAACUGCACAGUGCGGUGGGCCUACAUCCUGGCCAUCAUUAGCAUCAUGGACUCGCUUAUCCUGUCUUUCCUAGCCUUUGUGCUGGGAAACCGUCAGGACAAGCUGCUGCCCGAGGACUUCCAUGUGGAAGAGAAGAAAGAAGAAGCAUGAGUUCUCCAAACAACUGCUGAAGCUGAACCUUCUGAGAUGACAUCCUUCUUUAUCCAUUUUCGCCAACCACUGUUGUCUGCCUGAAGGCCAUGAAGAAAUAUCUCUGAAACACAAAGGAGCAUUUUCCCAAACAAAGAUUAUAUUUUGGACUGCAGAGUAUAUUGAAUUGAAUUUUUUUUAGUCUUAGUUUAGGACUAAGACUAGACACAAGGCCUGUCCAGAAACCCAACUCAAUUAGUUUAAGGAUUUAUCAUUUUUGAUAAUUUGUGAGUAAGUGUAGUGUUAGAAUCUGGACUGUUUACACUGACAUUUAUGAGUUUGGAAUGAUUCUUUAUAUUCUGAUUUAUUGUCUUUAGAACUGGUACAAUUUUAGAACCUUUAUUAAUUUUAAUAAAGAUUUUGUUAAUU